GGUGUUAUCAGCGCCACACUAGAGUAACAUACAUAUAGGCCCUCGUUUUUUGUUUUACCUUCGUUAUUUGGGCUGCCCAUACAGUAGCAGUAGUCGUAGUAAAGCAAGCGUGAAGGUUCUUCUUCCUGUUGGGCCUCUUCUUCUUCCCUUUUCAACAUUCUUUUGUUGACUGCAAUCGAUCUUCCACCGCAAUACACCACGCAUUUUGACAGAAGGGCAAUAUAUAUCUAUUCAUUACACUAUAAACACCCUUAGCACCGCUUCUGCUUCGUUUUUCCUUUCUGCCUUACUCGUUGAGUUGACUUACUGCGUUGGCUUUUUUAUUUAAAUUCGUGUACGUGAGUACUUGCAUUGGUCGCGGCGCCUCUUCUCUUUUAUCAUUUUUUUGUUGUUGGUGCAUACACCCAGCUCUUAUCCUUGUAGAUCGUCAACUCGCUCUUUCUUUCAUCAUGCUUCGCCGGCUCUGCGCUGCUGCGGGGCCGCAGAUGAGUGCGCGCGCCAAGGUGGCGAUAGCUGCUCGGUCGCUCACCUACACCCCUCGGACACGUGAUGUGCAAUUUUUGUAUGAGGAGGUGUUCCACAUGUAUGAUCACUACGGAAAACUAGCCGGCAAGGACGGCGCCUCCCGUGAAAACACGGUCACAAAGGAGCUGAUGGACGCCUUGCUUGAGGAGAGCUCGAAGCUGUCCACGCAGACCCUCUUCCCUCUGUACGAGCCUUCUGACACGGAGGGGUGCAAGCUGGCCAACGGGGUCGUGACCACACCGAAGGGCUUCAAGGAGGCGUACAAGGCCUACGCCGAGGGCGGGUGGGUGGGCAUCAACGACCCGGAGAAGUACGGAGGACAGGGUCUGCCCGUAUCUGUUGGGUUUACCACACGCGAGAUUAUGUCGACCGCAAAUUGGAGCUUCGGCAUGUAUCCGAAUCUCUCGCAGGGCGCGUGCCAGACGCUACUCAAAUGGGCAAGCGAUGAGCUCAAGGAGGUGUACCUGCCAAAGCUCGUGUCCGGUGAGUGGAGCGGCACGAUGUGCCUGACAGAGCCGCAGUGUGGCACCGACCUUGGGCAGGUGAAGACGAAGGCGGAGCCGCUGGGGGAUGGUAAAUCCUACCACAUCACCGGCACGAAGAUCUUCAUCUCUGCCGGCGACCACGAUCUGGUGGACAACAUCGCACACGUCGUGCUCGCCCGCCUGCCAAACUCAAAGCCCUCCACAAAGGGUCUGUCGCUCUUCCUCGUUCCGCGACACGUCGUGAAGCCGGAUGGCACGCUGGAGGCGAAAAAGAACGUCGAGUGCAUCGGAGUGGAGAAGAAGAUGGGCAUUAAGGGCAGCGCGACGAGCCAGCUCAGCUUCGACAAUUCUGUGGGCUACCUGAUCGGCAGUGAGAGCGAGGGCAUGAAGGAGAUGUUCACCUACAUGAACGCGGCUCGCAUGGGCUGCGGGAUGCAGGGCGUGAGCCACGCAGAGUUGGCCUUCCAGAACAGCCUGCGCUACGCCCGCGAGCGGCGAUCGAUGCGGGCGCUGAGUGGCACCAAGGAACCCGAGAAGCCGGCGGACACGAUCAUCUGCCACGCGAACGUGCGUUCGAACAUACUCUUCUCCAAGGCGGUGGCGGAGGGCGGCCGUGCGUUGAUCGUGGACGUGUCCCGCAUGCUGGAUCUACACUUCGCCGCGCCUACCCCGGAGGCGGCAGCGAAGCUAGACAACGAAAUCGGCUUCUACACGCCAAUUGCAAAGGGGUGUUUGACGGAGUGGGGUUUCGAGGCGGCCAGCCGAUCGCUGCAAGUCUGGGGCGGUCACGGCUACAUCAACGGCAACGGCAUGGAACAGAUUCUGCGUGAUUCUCGCAUCGGUACCCUUUAUGAAGGGACGACGGGAGUGCAGGCGAUGGACUUUAUUGGCCGCAAGGUGCUCAGCUCCAAAGGCGGCAACCAGGCUAAGAGGUUCGGACAGCGCGUCAACAAACUCGCGCGGGCGCACCUGUUUUCCUCCGGCCCGCUCGGCAGCUACGGCCGCCAUCUGUGGCUCAUGCAGAAGCAGUGGCGCAUCGCGACAAUGAAGAUAGGCUUUAUGGCGCAGAAGAACCACGACGCAGUGGCAGCGGCCUCGGAGGACUUUCUGAUGUACUCGGGCUAUCUCACACUCGGGUACUACUGGCUGCGCAUGGCUGAGGCGGCGCAGAAGAAAGUCGCUGCCGGACAGGACCCUGACGGCUUCUACCAGGCGAAGCUGGACACCUGCGAGUACGUCUUUACGCGUGUGUUGCCGCGGGCCGACGCCCAUUAUAAGAUGAUGCAGGAGCCGCCGGCGCUGUGCGCCUACAAGCAAGAGAACUGGGACAUCCAAUAG